ACAACAGGCUAGGGUGGGACGAUGCGGAAACGAAACCUAAGUGGAGGAGGCACUCGAUGUCCGCCGCUGUCUAGCUCCGUCAUGGCAGAUUGGACAGCCAGCCGCAGCCGCUUUCAGGACGCGGAGUACAAGAACUGGCUGAAAACGACUCUGUGCUUGCAGCUGCUGAGAGGCGGCUUGUCGCAGUUUUUGGAGACGGAGACGGGCAUAUUCCACGACAAGCUGCUUUCUGCGCUAUCAGCACAGUCCUGCCAGAACAACUGCCAGAUCAACUCCAGAGGCAACCAGUUCAUUAAGGUUCCAAAUCUAUGCCCAGUCUGCAAUAACUGGAUCAGAGAAAUUUUGUCACAUCACAACAACAACAAAGGCAGAAUCUAUUGGAAUAAUUGCACCCCUUAUUGUUGGGCUAAGGAAAAAUGGGAAGUGGCCAAGGUAUAUAUGCCAAAUGGGAACACGAAACAUUCCGCUGUGAAUGAAUUUGAUAUUUCUGCUGUCUUGAACUACAUGAGCAACUGUAAACACUUUACAAACAUGGUGAAAAAUACAAGGUUAAAAGAGGUGACCAAUGUAAGAAAUCAAAUGAUGCAUUCUGCCACAAUGAAGGUCAGUACUCAGGACAUGAUGACACAUAUCAGCAAAGUCCAAGCAGUGCUUAAGGAGCUCCAGACUCGUGUGCCUGAGUUAAAAGAAAUUGACAAUGAAAUUGUUAAGCUGCAGACAACUGAACUGAAUUUAUUCUUCGAAGAAACGAAGCCUGAGCUACCAGAUGGAAUGCAGGUCAUUAGCUCAGUACUGGACAAACAGAAGCUUCAUGAUUUGGAACAACAGAUACUGAAGGAAAAGAUUGAAAUAUUGACAUUGAGGCUGGAAGAAACCAAAGAUGGCGCAGUUAAUCAAAAAGAGCUCUGUGAACUGAAGGAAUUUCUAGAGAAUAACAAAGACCUGCUGGAGCUGCUGAAUCCAUACAUGGCUAAACUGGAUGAAAUUCAGGUGAAGGUGACGCAGCAUGAUGAACAGCUCGAUGUUCUGGAGGUGAAGGUGGGCAGACUGGAAAAAAUAUCUGACGAGCCAAUUUUCAGUGUUCCUGUAGUUAAGAACAAGAAUCAUCUUCUUGAAAUUGCACAGGAAAAACAUUGGCCUAUGCCGGAGUUUUCUUCUAUUAGGCACGCUCAUGGCUAUAUUGGUGAAGUGACAGUAAAUGGUAAAAAGUACACAGGAUCAAAAGUCCUUCCUAACAUUAAGGCUGCACAUCAGGAAGUUUCCAAAAUUGCUCUACUGAUGUUAGAGGAAAACACUGAUGCAUCCUCUACAGAAGAAGAGCUUCUGAACACUAGCAAAACUGGUCCGUCUCUGUUUUUUGUGCGGGUGACAGUUCAUUUGAAGAUUAAGUGUGAACUUCCAGAUAUUUACAGUGAAGAAGGGACUGCUGAAAAUGCGGCUUAUGAGAAGUUUGCUAAAAUGUUUAACAUGGAAACUUCAUCAGAAGGUAAACAUAAACUAACAGUCGUGGAAUUCUGUAACAAAUCUGGGUUUAAUGUGCCAAACGUGAUUACCCAAGAAAUUAAGGAAAACAAAUUUAAAAGCGUGUUAUGGAUAUGUGGCCCAUUCAGAUUUCAAAAUAAAGUGGGUUGCUACAAAAAAAAAGAAGCAGAGCAAGAUGCAGCUAAGGAGGCACUGACGUGUCUGACCAGAGUCCUGCAAUGGAAUGGUGUUUGUGACAAAGGAAACUAUAAAGGCAAGCUGUUGGAACUGCUUGCUCAAACCCCUCAGGGUCAGGCUAUGUUUGAAUCGGUUGAUGGGGAGAACAUGUGCACUCAAGACACCAAGGUCACAGUCCCAAAAGACCAUGUCUCUGACACCUCUCAAACGGAGUCAGCACAGUUGUUGCCGAAUUAUGAGCCACAGCAAGUACCAGCAGUGCCGCCAGGAUUCUUUGCAGUUGUGUGCAUUACUUUAAAUAAAAUUAUUGAGCUGCCAGAAACGUUCCCUAUGGAGGAGGAGGCAAUCCACUCAAUAUACAGAGACCUACACCUGAAACUUGGACUGGAAUGCCCAAAUUCAGAUAAAGCUGGAUGUUCUGCAAAGCAGAAAAUUCAAAGUUUCUUUAAGGAGUAUGUCUCUAAGCAACCUGAAGAAAUUUGUGUGUCAUUGGCUGAGAAAAUGUUUCAAUGCAAGUUAGACAUCUCAGGCCAAUAUAAAUUUUGCGGUAAAGAGCCGUCUCCUAAAAAACAAAUGGCAGAACAAGAGGCAGCCAGAAAUGCCCUGUUUCAUCUGAGGGGAAUUCUUGGCUCGGAUGGUGUAUGUAAUGACAAAAAUUAUAAAGGGAUGCUUCAAGUUCUGCUUGAAAGGCAGCGUCAGGCAAAGCCUACCUAUACGUCUUUGUCUUGUGAUGGGAAGAAGGAGGAAGAUGUCACAGAUAAAGAUAUCUCUACUAAUGCUGUAGUUCCCCCCAGAAAUGAUGAAGACUCCACAGCCAGUCUUCCAUCCAUUUCAGCAGCAUCUAUGGAGGAUGUCCCAGCCUCGCAAGCCAAAGUGAAAAAACUUCAAACUGAGUCAUCAACUUCAACAGGAGAAGGUUUCCGUGUAUCUGUGUGUUUUACCCUUCAAAAAAUUAUUGAACUACCAGAGACUUUCAAUGAUAAGGAGGAGGCUAGAAGGGCCAUAUACCAAGAUCUGUUCCGAAAACUUGACCUCUUGGCCCCAGAAUCAGAAACCAUUGGUUAUGAUAAAGAGCAAACAGUUGCAGAUUUCCUUAAAAAGUAUUCUUCUAAUCAGCCUGCUGUGAUCUGGAAAGAAACUGCAGAGAAAAAAAUUCAAUGCAAACUUGAUAUUUCUGGACAGUACAGAUUUUGCAAUCCAUAUCCUUUACCUAAAAAACAGAAGGCAGAGCAGGAGGCAGCCAAAGAGGCACUCACUCGCCUCUCGGCGGUUCUUGGUUGGAAUGUCAAUCCUAAUAAUGAAAACUAUAAAGGCACUUUACAGACUCUAAUCACUCAGCAAGGCUUUGAGAAUCCUACUUAUAAACCUUUCUCUGGUGACACAACACAUGAAAAUGACUCCCAAAGUAAAGGGUCUUUGAUUGCUGCUCCUUAUUCCAGUAAGAUAAAUGAAGAAUCAAGCACCUCAACAUCAGUAAAGAGGCUGGCAGAGGAUUUCCAGGAACUACAGGAUACAACAAGAAAACAGCAAAUUCAAUCAUCAAUACUGCAGGACCUCCUUGAGAAAUAUCAACUCAUUCCACCUCAUGUGUCUCAUCACUUGAAUGUGAAGAAGUCCUUCAUGUGCUGUGCUGUCAUUCAGGUGGAGAAGCAGCUUGUUAAAACUGAAAAAGGCAGCAGCUCACAUAAAGACGCUAAGCGUUCAACUUACUCCAAACUUGGAAAAGCCCUAGACAUUGUUAAGGAGAGUGAAGAUGACCCAGUGGAUAUUGUCUCCAAGGUGAAGUCUUUUUGUCGGGAAAAGCAUUAUGAUUGCCCUGUAGAAGAAUUUACUAAGAAAGACAAAAAUUUCAUAUGCGAGCUUACUUGCACUCUGAAGUUUUCAUACCUUGGCAAUGGUACUGACCUAAAAGAAGCCCAACAGGAGGCAUCACAGAAAGCACUUUCAAGACUUGCAGGGAUUUUUGAAUGGGGAGUGCUUGCUAAAGUGACAAAUGAGUCACCUUUGGACAGACUUACUCAUCUUUUGCAGAAGCAGGAACAAAGUAAAGUGACUUUUGAGAGUGGAGACACUACGCAUAAAGCCAUCCUUGACCUACAAUUCAAUGAUUUUUCUAUUCAGAGCAAAAAGCAUGACUCAAAAAAAGCAGCACAACAAGAAAUCAGUGAUCGUCUUCUGCGACUGCUGGAACAUGAUUCUAAAUCACAACAUGUCCUGCUCCAAUCACUAUCAAACAGUUCAAGUAGUGGCCCUUCAGCACGUAACAGAGUACAGGAAUGGUUUGCAAAACAAGGCUUGACUAUUCCUCAUUAUGAAGAUACAACUUACAAACAUGGUGCAAAGUUAACAUUUUCUGCAAAUAUCCAACUCAUGCAUAAAGAUGCAAAGCCAAGCUGGGAGCUGGCAGAGGAGGAACUACUCAGAGAACUCAAGACUUGUAUUGAGCACAUUAUGGGUUAGUUUGAGACAACCAGCAUCCCACAUGCCAUUGAAUCAGUCAUGUUGAAGGACAGUCACCAGGCCUCCACUGGGCAGAUUAUGUCUGUCUGGAGACUGCCAGAAUGUUGCUCCUUUAUAUUCAAUGUUCUUUUUUUAAUCCCAGCAGACACCUUAUAAGAUGGCUGUAUCUUUUCAUCUGCAAAUCUGGCAAGUGUAUCUUAAAGAGGAUGUUAUAUGUUUAAUCAAAUUGAGGUAUAUUGUUGACUUGUUUUAAUGAAAUGAGAAGACAAACUUCAGAAAGAACUUUUUAACCAACGCCAAGCAGCACCACAUAGUCAUCAUUCUAACCCUGGCAUCAGACUGUCUUUCAGCUGAAAACAAAUGGGAGGCCAGGCCGGAAUUACUUGUCAUUACAGUUUUUCUUGGGAUGAGAAGAGUCUUUUUAUAUUAAGAAACCUCAGUUAUCUCCAAGCUGAUUUGCCAAACCUGUGUACUAUAUUGAUAUAUGACAAGCCCACCUUCUUGAGUAGCCCUUAUUUUAUUCUGUGCCUGUGCAUACAGUAAUCCCUCGCUACUCUGCGGUUCACUUUUCGCGGAUUCACGACUUUGCGGGUUUUUAAAUACAAGUGAUUGCCCGCCUAUCACGGAAGUUAUGUUCCAGACCCAUCAGCAACAGGAGAAAAUCCGCGAUAUAGAAAGACCAUAUAAAUAAACAUUUUUAUAGUUUAAGCCUUAAAAUACCCAUCCCACAUGCUUUAAACACAUGUAAACUUAUAAAACACCUUUGUUAAAACAUAUGAUAUGUGGAUGUCGGGCUAAGGAUAUGAGUAACAUCUCACUAUUAUAAAACAUUUUAACUUCAUGCAAGACAAGACAGUGAGACAGGAAAAUUGGUGAUGUACAGGCUUUUAAAUUAUUGACACGCAGAGCAACAAGCAGCACAAAGCCAGCACAAAGUCCACUUCUCCUUAGCAUUCAUUCAGCUCCCCACCCCCUUGACAAUGCGAAGUGGCAGGAGCUUACUGCGCCUCCGGGGAGGGGGGUUUGAGCAAACGUGCGUUCAGCCCUCACACCCCCACACACACACACACACACACACUCCUCCUCCUCCUUCCGAACGCGCAGAGCGACAAGCAGGCAUUUUGGCAGAAGCAGCACAAAGUCCAUUUCUGCUCUGCUCAGAGUUCAGCUGCCCCCGUUCACAAAGCGAGUGCAGACACAUUGACGUCUGAUCGCUGCGUGCAGUGUGCAGUGUUGGUCUGCGGUGUUUAAGAAUGCAGAAAGUGUUUAAGAGCAUAGGAAGUGUUUAUAAGAGCGUGGGAAAGGUUAACAAGAGAGUGAGAAAGGUUUAUAAGAGUGUGGGAAGGGUUUAUAAAACCUUAAAAUAUGUAUAAAUAAUAAAAUAAAUAUAGGUCGCUACUUCGCGGAUUUUCACCUAUCGCGGGGGGCUCUGGAACGUAACCCCCGCGAUAGGUGAGGGAUUACUGUACUGUACAUUUCACCCUGACGAAGAACUGAUGCAUGGUUUAUUUGAAUGCAUCCAUGUAACUUGAUAUAUGAUGUCAUUUCACUUUUUUUCUACUUUUACUCUCACUGUCUCAUUGGAUUUCAUUUAUUUAGCUCAUGUGCGUGAAUCUCAUUCAGUGCAUGAUUCAUUUAGUCUCCUUCCACACUCCCCCUUAGAGUAGUUUGUAUUUAUAUCCAGGGAAAAAUAGGACAUUACUUAGUCUAAACAAGAGAUAUCAGCUUUAUGAAAAGUUCCUUUCAAUAUCUUAUUUGUUCAUAUUCAGUCCUUGGUAUAAUGCCCAGGAACCUUGUAAAAAUUUAGCUUAUGAAAAUAUCUCCAUGCAGCUGCAAGAAACAAUUGAGAUACAGUGCCCCGUACAAUCAUGAUUUUUGUGAAAAGUCAAUACACUUCCAUAGUGGAGGGCACCACAGUUAGUUUUCAGAUGUGCAACAAGCACUGUUGAAUUUGUAGAGCAACCAUCUUAGCCUCAUUGGUGUCAAUGGCAGGGUAGGCCUUUGUGAAGACAAACUUGUUUCACUAUAGUGCUUUCAGCAUGGGAAAGGUUCUAUAUAAGUAAAAUGUAUUGUUAUCGUUAUUAUUAUUAGAACAGGGUUCAACCUGUGUAAAUUAUAUUAUGUUACUAAUAAUCAACCUCUUGUUUUCGAUCCAAACACUAUAUUAUAUAGUGCCUUUUUAAAGAAACACUAUUCCCCACUGAUUUCACUACCAUUUUAUAUAGUGUUUUCACAGUAAUUUUCAUCACCAAGGAUGAAAGAAAGGCUAAUGUGGCCACUGAUCAUUGCUGGGCCAAUGGAAGAAACCAAGCAACCACUGAAUCUGCCUCUUGUUCUUCUGUUAUUUCAUAAAAUGAUAUAGCAUCCUUGCCUUGACAUUUGUUUAGCUGGCCUUGUCUUCUAGUAAUCUUCUUGUUGCACAAUUAAUUGUAUAAAUUAAAGUUAUGUUUAUAUAAUUGAUUAUUGCAUGUUGUACAGCAUACUAAUUAGGGCACUGGUCUUUAAACCCUCUGUGUGACUCUGUGUUUUAUUGCACUAUAAAAUCAAAUGAUUGUGUUUGCUGUCUUGCAACACCAAAUGUUUAUUUGUGGGAAAGGCUUUUGGGAACACCUCUCCUUAAAACAUAAUCCCCUUUUUAUCAAAUGUGUAGAUUCUUUUCCCAUAGACUGAUAGUUAUACUGUAUGUUGUCCCUCUGCUGCUACUCCAGUUUCAGUUCUAAGCUGCACUUGCAUGUAGUACUAUGGUCCAGUAUCUUCUGUUAAUAGCUCUCUGUCAGAGUUCAUUUAGGUGUGACUGUCACUAUAGCUUAUUACUUUGUGCUAUUUCUCGUUCUCUCUCUCUCUAUCUCAGCCUUGAAUGAAGUUGUUGUUCCCAGCCCCUGACUAUAAAAUAGAAGAAAAUGUGCAAGCAUGGAAAGAGGCCUAAGCUUUACUCUUUAGAUGUUAUCAUCAAAUAGCUAGUGCCAUAAACUAAAGCAAAUAGUUUGUGGUAAUCCGAACCAUACAACCUGAUAGUGUUAGAUGUGCAGUCUCUCAGGCAGCACUUAAUCUUACAGUUUCACAAAGUCUUGGUUUGACGUAAUCCUUCUCUCUGUACUAGCUAGUUCAUUGUCUGGCUUUAUAUAGUCAUUUUAUUACUGAGGCUCAUAAAUUCUUCUGUCCCUUUCCUUAUGCUUUCUUCCUGUGGGUAGAACUGAGGUAUCUAAAAUUUCUAGAAAAGCCAUCUUUAUAUUAUGUAAAUUCUUGUCUCCAAAUGAAGGGUUCAUAUAAAUAAAUCCAUGCAUGUGACAUCAUUUGCGCUCAAAAGCAGCACUUCUAAAAACAUGUCACAAGCGACACACUCUGAAGCAGUGCUUCUAAAAACAGUUUGAAAAGUGGACCGUGGCGCUGUGCAAUUUGGAAUAAAUAAUCUCACCCUGUGACGUUCAGGCAUCAAUAGGGAGUGGUUGUGCACAAAUGUGCUUCACUCUGGCAACAGUUGUGGUGCCUGGGUGAUUGUGUAUGCACGUGCAAAUGUGAACGUCAGUCAGGUGUCUUAUCACUGCCUCAGAGGGAGCGGUGCAACACACCUGCACCCAAUUAGGAAUGCCGAGUAUAAGAGGAGCCUGCAUGGAAGAGAGGGGGAAAUGAGAACAGGUGGAGAAAAAGAAAAGAUGAAGGUUAAAGGACAGGAGAAGAAGGCAGGAACGGGAGAGAACCAGUGUGGAAGAGAGGAGGCAGGCAGCCAGGAGGUGAGCCCCAUUGGAGAGAGUGAGGCCGAAGUUCAGGGGUUGAAGAGGGCCACUCCAUCUGACCUGGAGCUUGCUCCCACAGAAGUCCGGGGAGAGGUGAGGCUCGGACUGGGAGCCCUGCUGUGAGCUAUGGCCAAGUAGGGACCCAGGCUUCUGUGAAGGUUGGCUGUGCUUGUUGGUUGGGAGUCUCCUCUGCUGCGAUGCCCCAUUUGGAGAUGUCAGUUUUAAAGGGAUGCCCUGAGGACUGAGAUUUUUAGAAAAGUCUCCUGCCAUGGAAUUUUAAUAUUUUUUUAUAGAUUAUUUAUUGAGGUUUCAACCACCAUCGUUACUUUGACUUUUAUUGGAUUAUUACUUUAUUAUUGAAGAGCUGACACUCUAUGCUGUUUUGAAUACUGACUUUGUUUUUGGGACUGAUUUUAAUAAAAGCACUUGUCACUUUUUUGCACCUACCCUUUGCUGCAUGUGUGUGUCCUCAUUUACCCGGCUCAUCUUGGUUAUGAUUAUCGACAGUGGCAGGGUCAAGAGGCUUCCAAACAGAUGCAAGAGCAUGAAACCAACCCGCACUGUCACAAUCAGUCAGAAGUGGAUAAUAAGGUGUGCACAUGUUAUCCUUCAUUCAGCCUCUGCGCCUCUAAAAACCAUUCAAAAGUGUUUUGUUCACCAUCCAGCAAACAAAAUGCAGAGGUAUGGGUUGGGAAAUGUAGUGAAACGGUAGUUGUAAAGCUGUAACAGCAAUUCUUAUCAGUGAUAAAAGUAACACACUAGCAUUCCUGAAGACUCGUAACUUACAAUGCCUUACAGUUUUAUUUUUUUACUUUUCACUUCGUGAGCACCCUUACUGUCAGCAAGGGGUUUUCAUUUUCAGAAUCUCUGUAUAGACAAUUAUCAUAAAAUGUCAAAUGCUAAAUAUACAAAUCAACAAACUGAAACAAGAGCAAAAUAACAUUAACAGAAAACAACAGUUUCAGAAAACAAAUGCAUAAUUGUAGUCCUCGUUACCCUUUGUCAACUAAUCUGCCUGUUCACCAAAUGUAAAAAGAUACUGUAGACUAUAUUAACACUUGUCCUAUGGCUCUAUAUCAUAGUGUGUCAGAAUGUGGCCCAUUACUGUAUAUGAAGAUUUUUAUGUAUACAUUUUAGGGGUUUUCCUCCUUUAAAUUAAGAUUUUAUGAAAUUUGUAUAUGAGUAUUACAUGAAAAUUAUGUGCUGUAAAAUUACCAUUGUUUUAUACACAUUUCAUAAUUCUUGUUAUGUUAAACUGCAUAGCCUUUAGUCUUCCUUGUUUGUGUCUUAUUUGUUAAUUUGUUCUGUCAUCAGCUCUUAUGAAGAAUGUACUUGAAGGUGUUGUAUCAUCCCAAUCCCCUAGCACACAUAAAGCAUGUUGUUUCUGUAGUCCUAUAUUGCAGAGGCAGUGGAUCUGAAGUUGUGGAGGUGUUAUUUUGGAAAAACAUUCACUUCUUGUGGUGCGAUUACUACUGACUGACUGUUGUGAGCUGUGCUCAUUGCCAACAGCUGCCAGUUGGUCUUCAUGCAAUGAAUUUGUAUACGCUGAUGUUGAUUUCAUUGCAUCUACAUAUGUAAUUUGUUUGCUUCUACAGAGCUCAUCGUACGUGAAAUGCAAACCUACCGUCUAAAUGAUACAGAGCUACCAGACAUACAUUUUUAACAACCCAAUAAAACGUUUGCAUAAAGAAAUAGUAGGGGCCCAGUCAGUGUCUUUGACGAUAAGAACUUUCAAUCAGUAUUUACAGAUCUCGUCAGUCAGUGCCAUCCAUCAGACCUAGCUGGCGUUUUGGGAAUGUGAAAACAGGACAAAGCUACCGCAUUUUGUGGCAGUGCAGCCUGAAAAUAAAAAUAAUGAAACCCUGGAAAUAAGUAUAGGAUAUAAAAUUAUAAAUAUGAAAAUAGUUCAUGUAAAUAAAAGUUGUUCAUCUUGUUUUUCAACUUUAUGCAGUAAUGUAAAAUGAUUUUUAUUUAAAAUGUUGACUUCCAUUAAUUUACAAUAAAUUACUGUUAACAUUGUCGCUUUUA